AUAUGGAUGCAAAGGCUGAAUUUUACAUAAACUCAUUUGCCAGGGACUCCCCCGAUCAUUUAAUCUUCAUGGUAAAAAACCUUCUCUGUUUAUCACCUAGAAGAUCCUUGAUUAAACCAUUCAAAGUACUAAUUAGUCAGUCUGAAUUGCCCUCUUUGGAAAGCCACUCCCACAACACCACUUAGUCUUAACAUUUCCUGGUUUUGGAAAACCUGCUUUGUGUUCAGACAGCCAGCAAAGAGAAAAGGCCCGAUUCAGAUGUAGGCAUCCUCAAAGAUUAAGGUUUGCUGAGUUUAUUUACCUAACUCUCUCCUUUCUCCUCCUUUAAAAUGAAGGAGGGAGGAAAAAAAAGCAUCAUGAAUAUUAAGGAUUAUUUUGGAAGAAUUUGUUACAAAGGUCCCCAGGAAAAAAUAGACCUAGAAACCUUAACAGAAGUCUUUCAGCAUCACAUCCGUGCUGUGCCCUUUGAAAAUCUCAGUCUACACUGUGGUGAAACCAUUCAGUUGGAUUUAGAACCAAUCUAUGACAAAAUUGUGAAACACAACCGCGGCGGAUGGUGCAUGGAGAACAACCAGCUUCUAUUCUGGGCCUUCCAGACUAUGGGCUACAAAGUUAGUCUUUUAGGAGCGUGUGUUUAUGCCCCUGAACAAAAUGCAUACCAUAAAGAUUUCUCUCAUCUCCUGAUUAAAUUAGUUCUUGAGGGCAAAACCUACAUUGUAGAUGGCGGUUUUGGGGUUGCUUAUCAGAUGUGGGAACCAAUGGAACUGAUUUCUGGGAAGAACCAACCUCAGACUCCAGGCCUCUUUUGCUUCACGGAGAAGAACGGAGUGUGGUACUUUCACAAAUUAAAGCGCAAGCGAUUCAGGAUGGAUUCUGAUAACAGAAUUCUCUGCCAUGAUACUGUAAAAAACAUGGCCUGUAAGAACAUUUACUCAUUUACCUUGCAACCAAGGACCAUAGAUGAUUUCCGGCCCUCCUGUAUAAAACUCCAAACUGAUCCAAGUUCUAUGUUUUUAAAGAAAUCCAUCUGUAGUCUCCAGACUACCGAUGGAUUUCUAGCUUUGAUUGGGUGGGUGCUGACUGAAACCAAAUAUAAUUAUAAGGACAACAUGGAUCUAGUAGAACACACUAUCCUUACUGAUGAAGAAGUUCAGAAAACACUGAAGGAGCGAUUCAGGAUUCAACUGGAUAAAAAAUUUGUCCCUCUUAACAACUGCUCAAUAUCAAUGUUUUAAUUCGGGGACAAAGGUUAACUUCACUCAAUGUAUAUCAACAGCUUGGUUCAACUUAAAGCAGCUGAGAUGAAAUUUCAAAGCACAUUUGGAGAAUCCUGCAUCAUUCAAAGAUCCGAGGGA